GAAUCGGAUUACAUUAUCUACGUAUUUUUCAUUGGAAGACAAGCCAAGCAUGACAAAUUUGAAUGGCAAACAGGCAUAAAUUAAUCCACGGCGGUUUCUUCGAAAUUAUUCGAUGCACAAGGAUGUGAUGGGCGCUUCUUGUACAUGUGUGCUGGCAUCAGACUGGGAAAGAAACACGAUGGCUACCCAGGCAGAGAGCCGCAUACCAACGAGCGUUCGACGGAGGUCCUUCCUUCCACAGCGAAAGUCUCUCCCUGCAGCAGAACCAGCCCAGAGGGUAGAGCAGACUGAGGAGAGCUCACCAAGCAGAGUCACUGACGAGAAAAAGCCAACUGGGAUUCCGUCUCCCUCUAGCUCUCAGCCAAAGAGAGGGCUAAAGCCACCUGCAAUAUCUGGCAAGCAGCCUCCUGCACAAGCAGAGAUACCAAAGAAGUCAGUAUUCAGUGGAGUUGAAAGGGACAGCGAGCAAAAGGAGAAAGGUCCUGAUCCAGAGCUGGUCUCAAAAGCUGCAAAGAAAGCCAAAGCUGAUAGAAGAAGAUCAGGAAUUCCUUCACUUAACUUUGCAAAGAAAAAUCCUCCAAUUUCUGACAAUAAAUCUAAAACCACUGAAGAGACAGAAGGUGCAACAGUCAUCACUGCUGAAGAACUGGUUCUUAGUCAGUCUGCAAAGAACUUGGAGCUUGGGAACAGGGUGACUAUUGGAGGGUCAAAGUGUGGUGUGCUGAGCUACGUUGGUACUGUGCACUUCAGUCAGGGGGAAUGGUGUGGAAUUGAACUGGAUGAGCCCAUUGGAAACCACGAUGGAACGGUUCAAGGCGUGCGGUACUUCGAAUGCGGAGACAAAUACGGCAUCUUUGCAGCAGCAUCUAAAGUUGAGCUAGACGGUGCUUGCGGUACAACAACAGAGCAAGAGGUCAAGCCAAAAGUAUACGGCAAGCCGCCAAAGCAUCCUUCAAAGCUUGCUCUUCCAAAGUACGGGAGGAGCAGUCUUCAGCAGCCCAGACAAACAAUCUACGCAACUGGACCCAUAGCCAGAGUCUUCCCAAACACCCAGCAAAACAGUGCUGAUAGUAACACGUCAGAAGCCAAAGAAAAUACAGGGAGGGUCGGAAAGGGUAAAACAAGCCUGUUCCAAACAACUAGAGUUUCCCCCAUCCAGGAGAGAAAUGUCUCCCCAGCUUGGUCAAAUGCUGACGCAGUGGUCGAUAAGGGAGAAACCGAUGAAGUAAUGGAGAAAAUAAACACAACAGUUACUCUAGACUCCACCUUCACAUCAGUGUCCAACAAUCCAGAAGAUAACGUAGAUAAAUUAGUUAAAACUGGAACAAACAGUUCUGCAAUGGCAGCUGUACAAGGCACUGAUAGAGUUGAGGAUGUAGAUGUUGAGCCUCCCACAACAUCAGCACAAGAUGAGCCCCAGGCUCAGACUGAUCCUGAAGGGGCUAAAGCAGACAUGAACGUCGCUGAUGUUGACACUAUGGAAAUACAGCUAGACACAGAAGAAAGACUACAUGAGUCGCUCGGGUCUCCUGAGUCAGAGAUGGCCUCCUGUCCUCCCAUGAGUGGUGAGACAAUCCCUGGUGACUUCCAGGAGGAUCUUCCAGCAGAAGUAGAUGAUGAUAAAGUACUGGAUAUUACUGAUGGACAGCAGCAAGAUUCUGACAUGGAAGUUGAUAGACAAAACAUCUCUUAUGUUGUGCCUGAAGAAAAGCAACAUUUGGCAGACCAGCCUGAGCUCACUGUUGGUGCAGAUGGAACUUGUAGUUCCACGCCUGAGUCUCAAGACACUAAGUCUGUAGAUUCUUUAGAGGCAGACAGAGAGGGUGUCACAGUAGUACAGGCUGGAAUUGUUGAAAUGGAUGCUGAUGCCAUUCCUAUUGGUGAUGUUGCUCCAAAUGAAACUGAUGAACUGCAGAGGAAACAGGAAACAGGCGUGCCUCUGCCUUUACCAUCACAUGAUGGAACAUUUACCAAAGAUGCAAACACUACUUACACUGCUGAAGAGGAGGGGCCAUCACAGACACUGCUGCCAAGCAGAGCAUCUUCAGAGUAUGGCACAUCUUCAUCAGGACAAGACAAUUCACCAGAUUCACUAGAAGAACAAGAACAGGGUUGUGGAAAUAAAGACAAUGCAACCUUUAUACUAGAUACAGCACCAGAGUCGAUGGACGUAGAAGACUUGCUGUCUGAUAUCAAAGAAGACGAAAGUGCAAUCGGUGCUCAUGGACAACAAUCUGUUGAUGCUGCUGGUUAUAUCAGCCCAUUUCCUGAUGUGAUUUUACAAGUGGUAUCAGCGAGUGAAAUAGGCCCAGUCACGGAUAAAACAUUUACACAGGCAGUGGACAACGUCUCCUAUGACCCCGUGCACAGUAUUCUUCGUCUAGAUGAACUGAGCAUGCUGCCAGAAAUAAGCAGUGAAAACUUCUUGCAGGAAGAUGUUGUAAACAAUGUCAAUCCUGUUGCUACAACAGACAGUGUCCCGGACACUGAAGCUGCUGAGGGUGUUAACAACAAUUCCAACAUGGACUCGCCUUUAGUGCAAACGUUGGAAUCUGCCACAACAGAAACCCAACAGUCCGUAGCACAAAGUGAAGAUAGCAACGUUGAGCCCGGUGCUAUCACCAUUCAGGUUACCGAACCUCUGGAAGAAGAUGAAGACGACUCAGAGUCGUCUUCAGACCGAGCACAAGUGGAGAGACUGCCCGAGUCAGAGAGAGAAAGCCCGACCAGUAACGACCUGUCCUCUGGGAAUACGAUCUCCACAGAUCUGGACUCAGGAGUGGGGCAGGGAGACAAACCUCCCGCCUCACCGAGGGAAAGUCCCACCAGUGAUGACUUGUCACUGGAGGAUGAGGCUGCCGCAAACGCCACUGAGACUGAAGGGGCAACUGAUGGGAAAGAUGUGGCAGAAGAUUCAUCCCAAGUCAAAGAGGAAGUAGUGGCACCAAUGCCUGAUGCUACUUCCAACAUAGAAUCUGCUUCAGCUCAUGACAUAUCAACCACAGAGGUUAUGGAGGAUGCCGGCGUAACAGAACAGAUGGUGUCUUCCACACCUGUGGAAAAGCCUGUGGAUUUAUCAGUAGAGGAGGAGGUAAAUCCCCCAGAUGCUCCGCAACCAGUGAAUGAUGAGUCUCCAAAGCCAGCAGUUAACGAAGACAAGCUGCCUGUAGAUGCAGUUGAACCUAGCCAUGGUGCUGAAACUGUGAUUGUUGAUGCAAUGGGAGAACAGGCAGCUGCUGCCACAGACGCUGUGGCUGAUGAAGCGAUAGCAGUAGAGCCACAGGCACUGGAGAUAGAGAUGUUAUCAGAGGUGAAAGCAAAAGAAAAAGAGGAUGAAGUUCCAGCUGGCAGCACUGUGGCAUCUGAAGAAGGACUUCCACUCAAGGUUGCAAAAGUAACAGACCAAACCUUUGAGGUAGGGGAUGUUGCAGAAAUGGAUGUCUCUGUCCAUGGUGCUGAGAAAGAGGCUGCCAUGGCGACUUUUGUUGCAGAGGAUGCUGCAGAGGUCGCUAUGGAAACUGAGGCUGGAGUUGCAGCACUAGAGCUUGAUAAGUUGGAUGAGACUUUUGACCCAACAGCUUUAGUAACAUCAACACCCUUCCAGCAUAAAGAGUUUACCUUCUCUAGAAUUGAUCCUGAGUCUCCAUCGUUUGGUACCGACCAUGUCCAUCCUCUGGAGGGAGAGGAUAGCCUUAUCGUUGCAGAUGUAGUUAGGACUCUAGAGCCUGAUAUCAUCGACCAUGCUGCUGACAAUCAACAUAUCAGUGGAGAAGAAGUUGUAAAGACAAUGGACUUUGAUAGGAAAGAUGCAAAAAAGAAGCAGGCAACAAGAGCUCUGUCUAGCUCUGAAGCAAAAUCUUCCAUUUCUCAGGGAUCCCAAGCUAAGAAAGCACGUACCACAAGCUUAGCUAGCACCAAGCAAAAAGCACCAGCAAGGGCAAGUGUGGGUGUCAGUAAGGCAGCUGACACAAGGAAGACCACAGCAAAGGCUCCAACACAAUUUGUGUCUAAACUCGCAGUGCCUCGCACUAGUAGCAAGAAUCAAGCAAAUGCUGUUGCACAGCAAAGCAAGGGCACAGCGGGGAGUCGUUUCAAAAGCGACUCCUCCGGCCCUUCAGAAAAGGCCAAGUCGCAGCCGCCUUCCAACACUUUCAAAACGCCCAUGGGACCAAGUAGCAAAGUAGGGUUGGUACGUCCUACACCCCGAGCAAGUCCAUUUCAACAAGACAGGAAAACGGCAGCUGACAGAGCUAAAGAGCAGCCCAGCUCAAGCUCUUCAACAAGCAGUCCAGCACAACGACGUAGACUGUCUUCAAAUGUAUCAGACAAGAGUGACGCUGCCCCCCGGAGCACAAGAACUCCAGGGAUCCGAUCUGCUACCACCACUCCGCAGGUCAGAAGAGCCUCCUCUGCAAAGGAAAGCAGCAGAUCGACCAGCGGCACAAGCUCUGCCACUACCAGCCCUGCCGUCAGGAAGAGGCUCUCAUCUUCUAGCGAGCUGCAGAGAAAGAACAUGGAGAACUCUCCGUCAAGAGCUUCCAGUAGGUCCAGCUCUGUCAGCGGCAGCCCAGUACCAAAGAGGAUGUCUUCACGUACACAUAUCAAUGGCCACGCGGCUGAGAAGGACCAACAAAGAGCUUUAACUCCUACAUCCACACCUAGGAGUGACAGAUCAGGCACCAGCACUCCCACCAGCACCAGAAGUAGGUCGAACUCCAUGGUCCGGUCCAGUCCGCGGCCGGGCUCGGCAGCGAGUGUCGGGAGUGUGUCAUCCCCGCGGGGCCAGCUGAAAGGCGUGGCUGCCAGGAUUGACACAGGGCUGAAGAAGAGAGACAGCUCCACAUCACUGGCCAGCACCAAGUCUGAUGGUGGCAAAGAUGAUGGGACUGCAUCAACUAAGGAAAAGUCAGCAAGCCAGCCUCAAAGCGACAGUAAGAAGAGAGUGCAGCUGAGAAUUAUUCCCGCAAGACAGAUUCUUUAUGGACGUCUCAAACUCAAGAAACAUUCCAUGAGAAAGAAUCUCUUAAAACUUAUCUGUGGUUCAAAUAAAGAUGAGAAAUCUGGACCACGGACGAGCACGAACAAAGCAGAAACGAAGGCUCGGUCUGCCUCUACCCCAUCCACCUCCUCACUCCCUUCUGCCUCUCAGAAGAAAGUACCUUCUUCUACUCAGAAAAAAACUACUCUCACAACUCUCUCACAACAUGUUGAAGAAACAGACAAGCCGACCAACCGGAAGCAUGCUGAGAUCCAGCACUCUGAGCGGAACGGCCACAGUAAGAGACGAGUCAGCACCUCGAGCGCACACAGCUCCGCCUCCGACCUGUCCGUCACCUCCAACGCCAGCUCCCGGCUCUCGUCGUCACAUGAGGAGGCACGGGCACAACGGGCAAGGGCUGAUGUCUCCAAGCAGAAAGAUUAUGAUGUUUUCUGGCAGUCCCAGCCAGGAGAAAGAGAAGAUUGUGACCUUUCACCCCAACAUCUGCUUUAA